CGUAUGAAGAGCUUGCUCACCAAGCUCCUUGACUUUUCAAGAUUCAAUCCAAAUUCAUUGCAAAUUCCAAUUUUCUUUCUUCCUCUGUUAUGCGUGGCAAAAAUCAGGACAUUUUGUUUGCCAAAUGUCUAAUUUCUUUAUACUCUUCCAUGACUCAUCAUAUCAAGAAUUUUCUAUAAAUAGCCAUUGAAACUCCAUUGUUGCUCAAGCUAAAACCAAUUAAUCUUUCUGAUUGUAUUUAGCCUAAUUUAACUUGCUUCCCCUCUAUUUUUCCCUUGUUAAAAUUCAAGAAAACCAUUAAGACUACUCAUUUUCUCUCUCCUCCAUUCGACCACCGCGGCACCGCCGCUACUGCCACCACCUGCUUCCGGCGAAUCUUCCCGUCGCCUCCCAGAACCCAGCCCCGGCGUCAUCCAUUCCGUCGCCGGAAUCCAACUUAGCUCUGCUUCAUCGUGUGGUUGUUGCGCGUAUGCCCCUGCUUGGCUGCUUCUCUACUUAUUUUCCUCCCUCUUUUUGGUUACUGUAAAAUAUGGGAUGUAGGCCUUUAUUUCAUAGUGGAGUAACUAUUAUUAUGAUGGGCUUUUAAAAGGAAAAGCAUCAACGAGCAAAUAUGAUUUAUGAGGGAAUUUGCACCGUGAUGAUAUUUAAGGAUUAAGCCGAUUGGUUAAUCGAAAGAGGUUCGAUUAAGGAGCUCAAGUUGCUCAAAGAAGAGUUAUUACUGGAGUUGGUUAUUUAUUAUGGAGAUAUCGAGAUGAGAAGUAUUUAUAAUGGGAAUCCUGUUAUUGAGAUUUAAUUAUGAGAAUACUGUUUAUAUUUAUUUUUGGGAAAAUUUGUAUUAUUUAAGAAAUGUUAUUUGAGGAUUAUUUUAUUUGUGGGCCCAUACCCACAUGUCCCAGGGUUAAUUAAGCCUAAUUGCGCUGGCAAUGAUCAGUUAAGUACGGUUUAUUACCGAUAAUUAAGUAGCCGAAAAGUCGGGGCGUUACAGUUUGGUAUUCAGAGCCAAGGUUCUGCGACCAUAAGUGCUAAACUUUACGGGUUUUGCACGAAAUAAAAAUUUACUAGGUUUUAAGCAAGAAUUUUAAGGAAUGAGUAAAAAGAAUAAGUUAAAAUCAUGCUAAGUUAAAAUGAAAUGAGUGUGAGUGAUAGGACGGGGAACGCAACGGGAAUGUUUUCUUUAUUAUGAUUUGCAGAAUUUCUUAGUCUAAUUUCAAGAAGAAAAGAUUAUCUGAAGUGUUGUAUCCUUGCGAUCAGAUCGGCGAUGACUUCAAGCGGAAAUAUUCCUAUUGACGGCACUAGAAACGAUAACGAUGUUAACGAUGGCAAUGGUAAUCACAAAUCUGUAUUAGCGCUGGGAAGAAUGCAAGAAAGAAUUGAAGAAUUGCGCAAGGAUCCCAUUUUCGGGGACACUCCAGGAGAAACAAGCGAUAAUCGAAUGGAUUUAAUGAGAUUGAUAAUGUCGGAACUUCUGCAAGGAAAUCGUCAAAAGCCAAGGUCAGAGCAAGAAGAAUGCUCCAACAUGUUCAAGAAGUUCGCUUCUCAUAAACCCCCUACCUAUGAUGGCAAGCCAGACCCUACUGAAUUUGAGGAAUGGAUUAGCGAUAUGGAGAAGUUAUUUGAUGCAACUCAAUGCCCCGAGAAAUGGAAGGUCAACUAUGCUGUCUUUUACUUGAAAGGACAAGCCAACCUGUGGUGGAAAAGUGUUAAAGGAAUCCAAAAUGAGCCUGGUUUUGGUUGGGAAAAACUGACGGAAGCUAUGCGGGAACAAUUUUAUCCCUAUUCUCUACAAAUGCAAAUGGAAUCGGAAUUUAUCAAAUUGAGUCAAGGAAAGAAAAAUGUUCUAGAAUAUGCAGUGAAAUUCAAUGAGCUUGCUCGAUUUGCCCCUGACCUGGUGACUACUGAUAGGCAAAGGAUGAAUCGAUUUGAAGGAGGAUUAAGCAUUGAGAUCCGUGAUCGUCUUUCAAGUUCUAGAAUUUCCACUUUCCAAGAGUUGUACGAUCGAGCAAUUAACGUCGAAAGAAUUAUCAAGCUUCGAGAAGAAACAUAUGGAAAACGAAAAGGGAGCUUCGAAGAAAAUCAACCGAACAAUAAGAAACAAAAUGUCAAUGUCAGCUAUCAAGGAGGGAAUAACGGAAACCAAAGCUUCAACAAGAAUCGUGGAUGCGCCAAGUGUGGAAGAUGGAACCAUACUGAGAAAGAAUGUCGAAUUGGUACGCGAGAUUGCUUCAAAUGUGGUAGCAAAGAUCACCAAAUCAGAGAUUGUCCUCAAAUACAUCGAGAGCAAGGUGAUAGGAGAAACGAUGAAAACAAAGGAAAUGGUGGCACUACAAAUUUCAACCGUAAUCCCCCACGUGGAGCAACUUCGAAUGGAAGAGUGUUUUUAAUGCAAGGAAAAGGCGAUGACGCAAAUGACAAUGACGACUUCGCUACUAUGGAGUAAAGAAUGAAUGAUCUUUUGAAAACGCGUGAUCGAACAUCUAGAAGAAAUAGUCUAAACUAAAUGAUGGAAAUUUUGAAAGUAAUAUGCGUUAAUCAAGUAUCAAACUAAGAUGUAUUACCAUCAUUAGUUAUAUGAAUGUUAUGCUUAUGUAUGAAAUUUUCAAUUAAAGAAUUAUGUGUUUAAGAUA